AUGGAGACCUCACAUGUGCCAUGGCUUUAUAAUCUUCGUUCUUCGGAAACUUUUAUUAUAAUCGUGGUAUCUAUUGCCAUCUUCACUGAUGUUUUCAUCUAUGGCAUGAUUGUGCCCAUUGUUCCGAUUGCGCUAGUUGAACGUGCCGGUGCUCGACCGGAAGAUGCUCAAUCGUGGAUUUCAAUCUUGUUGGCUGUGUACGGGGCCACCCUCCUCGUGGGAUCGCCAUUAUUCGGGUAUUUUGCGGACCGCUGUCGACUACGGAGACUCCCCUUUAUCGUCGGCCUGGUUGCGCUGGGGGCCUCCACAGGUCUUUUCGUCGUCGCUCGGUCGCUGGCAGUCCUCAUUAUCGCUAGGGGUCUGCAAGGCCUAUCUGGUGCGGCGGUGUGGGUAGUAGGCCUCGCCAUCGUGGCCGAUAAUGUACCACCGGAGCGUGUUGGGGAGGCCAUGGGCCAUACUACGAUUGCUUUGACAUGGGGAUUCGUUCUGGGGCCAACUAUCGGCGGUGUGAUGUACGAGAAGCUGGGAUUCUACGGGACCUUCUCUAUCCCUGCUAGUUUGAUUGUCGUGGAUGUGGUGCUGAGAUUUGCUAUGAUUGAAGAGUCAGGAGCUAUUCAACCCGACAAGUCAGGGUUAUGCUCGCCGGCCGGUGAGCAUCAAAAUCACCCUUACGGCACUUUUGCAGCCCGAGAAGAUGAAUACUCUGGAUAUUUUUCGUCUGGCGAGGAUACCGCCAGCGAGGAAGCUUCUCUUAUUAGAGCCUCUAGCCCUUGCUUUGAGCAUGCUCGCAUGACCAAUGAAAAGACGGCUACGAUUUUAGAUCUUCUCCAAAGCCCACGUCUCCCCCUUGCAUUGGCUGCGACUGUUGUGAUGGCAGUUAAUUUCUCGGCCUUGGAAACUACACUCCCCUUGUUCGUCAUGGAGACAUUCAACUGGUCAUCCAGCGGGGCUGGACUCAUCUUCGUGGCGUCAUCUGUUCCAAGUUUUGCAGGAGUAUAUAUCGGCAAAUGUAUUCGGCACACCGGCGCCGGCACCCCCGGAGCAUUUGCAUUCGCGGUCGCGGCGUGUGCUUGGGUUUUGAUGAGACUAGUGAAGAAUAACACAACCGCAGAUAUCGCCCUUCUAGUCGCACUAGUACUGGUUCAAGGGCUAUCAAUUGUGAUUGUGGAAGUUGUUGCAAUGACAGAGGUGUCGCAAGCGGUCACGGAUUACGAAGCCGAGUUUCCUGGUGCCUUUGGCGACAAGAGCCCCGUUGCGCAGGCAUAUGCGCUGUUCAAUAUGGCAUUUGCAGGAGGCCAACUCCUCGGGCCGAUUUUGGCUGGGGGCAUGCGCGUCUGGGCUGGCUGGGGUACCAUGACACUGAUUCUCGGGCUACUUUGUGGCAUGAUCGCUAUACCUUUGGGUGUGUUUAGUGAGGCACCAUUAAGGACCCAAGAAAACGCGUGGGAAGACGGUGUCUAA